UGGAAGAGCUCUCCAGCUGGAGAUGGUCUGUUGAGGAUGAGGGCCGUCGCCGUGUCUGUCUGGAUCUUCAUCAACCUCGUCUUCUUCGGGAUGUGCGGUUACAUCUACCUCCUCUGGUCCCAGUAUUGGCACUACAUCUCCAGGAGGCAGCAGCAAGAACAAGCUCAAGUCAAGGUGGACAAUCGUCCUCUUGUAGACUACUAUCAGAGUUCGGAGCAAGAACAGACACUGAUGGAGAUCUUGCACAUGCAGAGAGAAGUGAUGCGGGUCCAGACAACCAAGGACUACAGGAGAAGAUCCAGACCAAGGUUCAGAGGACAUGGAGGCCACAGACUAUCAUCCAAUUGCCACAACUGUGACGAGGCAACAGCCAAGAGGUUAUCAGCAUUUAAGAACCGUUUAAUAAUUCGACUUCGAAGUGUCCUACACGAUGAAUCAAAUGUGUUCAAGUCAAAGCAAGAUAACCCUUACAAUGUACAGUACCAUGGCCUACAACGUUCCUCCAACAUCCCUCGUGAUCAGUUGUUAUGCAGGCUUCGAGAAAUAUUGCCUUCUGUUCCGACCAUUACUGGCAAAGAGCCAGCAUUUGUUGAUAGCCCAUUGGAAGCUGCUGUCCCAAGCAGGCCUCUUCUUGAUCCUCAAGAACGAUUUUCAUCUUGUGCAAUCGUUUCAAAUGCUGGAGCACUUAACAGCUCUGGAUUGGGCAGAAUCAUAGAUAGCCACGAGCUGGUCUUAAGAUUUAAUCAUGCACCAACAAAAGGGUUUGAAGAUGAUGUUGGGAAAAAAACCACAAUAAGAAUUUUAAAUUCACAAGUAGUUUCAAGGGCCCAAUUCCAAUUUUUGAAGUCUGAUAUGUAUUCUGGAAUAAAAAUUUUAGUUUGGGAUCCAUGUAAUUAUACAUCAACUUUAGAACAGUGGCGAGACAAACCUGACUUUGAUGUAUUUACACCUUAUGUAAAACAUAGGGAACUAAGACCAGACACCAAUAUACACCUUGUCAACCCCAAAUCUCUGUGGACUCUUUGGGAUUUUAUACAAUCCCACACUCCAGUCAGGAUCAGAAGGAAUCCACCAUCUUCUGGUUUUCUAGGUUUAGCGCUGCUGUUGCCUCACUGUGACAAGGUUAGACUGUUCGAAUAUAUUCCAUCAGUUAGAUUAACUCCACACUGUCACUAUUUUGACAGUGGUGUAGACACUUCCUGCACGUUUGGUGUAUGGCAUCCACUUGCGGCAGAGAAACUAUUGACUCUGAAUUUAAAUCAUGAAGAUGAUUAUACUACAUUUCAAACUGGUUAUGUCACUGUUUCUGGGUACUCAACUAUAAACUGUUAA